AUGGGGUGUUGGUACUCGAGGAUUCAUAGACAAGAGAUUGUUUCACGUUGCAAGGCCAGGAAGAGAUACGUGAAACAACUGGUUAAAGCUAGACAAGCUCUUGCCGCUUCACAUUCUAUGUAUCUGCGCUCUUUGCGAGCCACAGGCUCCGCCCUGGUUCAGUUUUCGAGCAACGAAACCACUCUCCAUCACCACCAUCAUACACCGCCGGUGCAUCAAACGCCGCCACCGCCGCCGCCAAUGAGUCUUAGUUCUGACACUUGGACGUCUGGUGGUACUACCACUGCCUCCCCUGCUCUCCCGCCUCCUCCUCCUCCUCCAUCGAGUAGCUGGGAUUUCUGGGAUCCGUUCGCACAGGCUAAUGCGUCUCGGUCAUUCACGGAGGAGGAAUGGGAGGCUGCCACGUCUGCAUCCGAGGCGGCUGUCACUGCUACAACCGGCGUUGCGAGCGUGGCACCGCCGCCGUCUGUGGUGAGUGGGAUGUUCUCGAAAGACACGGGGAGCGAACUUGCUAUGGUCGUUUCCAGGAAUAGUAAAGAGCUGGUGGAGAUUGCGAAAGAGGUAGACGAGUAUUUUCUCAAAGCUGCGGAUGCCGGUAGCCAUCUCUCGCUGCUUUUAGAAGUCUCAAAUUCCAAUUCUUCAGCUCAAAGUAAAGGAGGCAAAGUGUACAACUAUAGCUGCAAUCUGACCCCAACAACAUGGACAUGGAAUUGGAAUCAAAAAAUGGAAGGAAUUGGAAAAUUGGGGGAGAACAAUAACGUUGGAGAUGCAGGUGGCGGUGUUCUUAGCAGCAGCCAUUCUUCCACCAUAGAGAGAUUAUACGCUUGGGAGAAGAAAUUAUACCAGGAGGUCAAGAAUGUGGAGGCUAUAAAGAUAGAGCAUGAGAAGAAGGUGGCUCAUCUGAGGAAGCUCGAGGUGAAGAGAGCUAACUAUAUGAAAACCGAGAAAACCAAGAAAGAAGUAGAGAAAUUGGAGUCCCAAAUGAUGGUUGCUUCACAAGCCAUUGAAACUACAUCUGCUGAAAUCAUCAAACUAAGAGAGUCAGAGCUUUAUCCUCAGCUCCUUGAGCUUGUAAAAGGAUUGAUGUCCAUGUGGAGAAGCAUGUAUGAGAUCCACCAAGUUCAUACACACAUAGUUCAGCAGCUCAAGUACCUUAACUUCAUCCCUUCUAAUGAGCCGACAUCCGAGAUUCACAGGCAAUCGACUCUCCAGCUCGAGCUUGAAGUCCAGCAAUGGCAUUUGUCUUUCUGCAACUUAGUCAAGGCUCAACGAGACUACAUUCAGUCACUUGCUGGCUGGCUCCGGCUUAGCCUUUUCCAGUUCAGCAAAAACCCACUUUUAAGAAACAGCCAGGAAUCGAAAAUUUACUCUUUUUGCGAAGAGUGGCAUCUUGCGGAAGACAGGAUUCCGGAUAAGGUAGCAUCUGAAGGAAUCAAGAGCUUCUUGACAGUAAUCCAUGCCAUCGUGGUUCAGCAAGCAGAGGAGUAUAAGCAAAAGAAGAAGGCAGAUGCUGCAUUCAAAGAUUUUGAGAAGAAAGCUGCAGAGCUCAGAUCACUGGAAAGUAAGUAUAGCACAUUUUCGGUGCCAGAAACAAACAAGGACCCAGUUGCCGAAAAGAAAAGAAAGGUGGACUUGUUGAGAGCGAAGGCGGAGGAGGAAAAGAACAAGCAUGAGAAGACGGUGAGUGUAACGAGGGCAAUUACAUUGAACAACCUUCAAAUGGGGUUUGCUCAUGUGUUUCAAGCAAUGGUAGGGUUUUCAAGUGUAUGCAUGCAAGCAUUCAAAUCCGUAUACAACCAAGCCAAGAGUAUCGAACAAGAGCAUGAUGUGAAGAGAAUUCUCCCUUGA